AUGUUUGUGUAUUCGGAAGCGUGGAGAGUGUACGUAUUGUAUUUUGGAUGGAGGGCGUGGCUUCUAUCGAGUCGGCAAUGGCAUGAUGUAGCUGCUGUUUUGGGCGUUGAAGUUAAAAAUGUAGGACAGAGAGCGCACAGCACCAUACGAUUUCCUAGUUGUGGCAGACCUGGUAUUGAAUGUUGA